CUGUCCAUUAAAGCGAGAGGUGUUGCGAGAUCACGUUCAAUAUCACCAAUUUCAAGAUCAAGACAUUUGUUCUGGAACUACGAGCCUCUAGUACAACGCAACAACUUUACAGGAAACCUGGAAAAGGGAAAUCUCAUCCUACGAAAUAAACGACCAAACAACAGGCUUGCUAGCACCGCCAAUCUCUCGCCCAGAUUCUCUGUUGAAGCUCCAGAUUUCACGUGCCUGGCACCUUCCCUUCUAAACCUCUCGAAUUUCGUCACCGAGUCCACCAUGAGCGACCAGUCGAACCUCCUCCCGCCGUCUGAUGGCUCCUUUGGCGCUUUCGGACCCAUCACACCUUCUGGCCUGACACCCAACACACGCUCAGAGGCCGAGGCCGCCCUCACACACAACAGCAUUGCCCAGACCGAUUCGGCAGCUCCUGACUCGUUGUCGUAUGGAGGUACCAGCGGGCGCAACCAAUACGGUACAAGUGAAGACGGCACUACCGAGGCGCAGAAGGCCUACCGCCGACCAGGCGUUGUCCGCACGAGCUCGGCGAACUACGAAACAGCACUCAAGCGUGCACAACAAGAAUCCGUCUCUUCAAAUAUGUCUACAGAUUCCAACGCCACUGAUACAAUCACGGGAGCCACUGUGGCCUCACCCCCGUCAACGUCUACACCUUUCCCGCCGCCCGGCCAAGGUGUGGUCCCACUGAAUUAUGGUGUUGGUGCUACUGCAGCAGACCCCAUCAAGAAGACACGUUCGAGGGGGCUCAGCUUGAGCACUUUGGCCCAACAACAAGGCUGGAAUGAGCAGGACUACAAGCGCAUCUACAGCACCGAGCUGAUGGAAAAGCCCAAGGACGAGACUGGGUACGACUCGGAAGCUGGGCCUAAGCCCAAACCCUAAGGUCUACGAGUGUCCUGGCGCUGGAUAGUGUAUGUGCUGCCAAAGCCUUCACGGUGCUCUUUGCUAUGAGGGUGUCACGCAGGAGCCAUGUGAUAGACAUGGAACACACCACAUACCUGCCGAUGUAUGGUGUAAGAUCACAAGAGAUAGGUAUGGCGUUAGGGAGCAGAUAAAGGUCUUCACCCAGCACAUGAAUUCUGCUGACUGCAGACUUACAAUAACAAUACAUGAUGUACCAGGUCAGUUUAUCUUCCACAGCAGAGCUAGGUGUAACAAAUAUAAGAGAUCAUCAGCCUGACCUAUCUGGGUCGGACGCCCAC